GGGGAUUUGAGAUUCAUCUAGACCCAAUUAUACCCCCUCUCACCCCUUGCAAGGAUGCCAACCGCACUUCCCAUGCAUCCAGAAUAUUAUGGAUGUCACAGUGACGCCAUCAGGGCCAGAAUUAAACUUUGAUGUAGCCCAAACUGUGAUCAACGGUUCGGAAUUUGUCAAAUCUUCGUUGUCUCCCCUCCGCUCCUCUGUCCCUGUUCCACCUACACUCACUGAAUCACAAUCACACAUUGACCUCAGAAGCCAUCACCAUGCCCUCAGCCUGGACCGAUGACACCACCAACGACCAACCCCCCAAUGACGCAUCAUCCCCAACCCCAGCCGCCGACUUCCUCACCACAGAGAUCUACAACAUCGGCGCCCAGCCGGGCAUCCGCUCGCUGCCCCCGAGCCCGGAACGCGACUUCCUGGUCCUCACCUGGGGCCCCGUCGUCUACCGCACGGCCUACAGCGCCCGCGCGGACCGACUCCUCCCGGUGUUCCUGCGCGCCCUGUCCCACGAGGUCCAGGCGGCCAUCCCGCGCCGGCUCCCCGGCACGCCCAAGCAGCGGCACCUGCUCGAGACGAGCUACGCCUGCAAGGUCUUCAGCGACGAGACGCGAUUCGCAGGAGCGGGAGCGGAGAUCGGCGCCGUCCGCCGCGCGUUCCACGACUGGAAGCGCGCGGACCUGGCGCUGCCGCUGAUGGAGCUGCCGGCGCGGUUGCGGGUGUGUUUGGUGGUGGAUGAGGGGGUGCUGCGGGCUUUGGAGAGGAUCAUGACGACGACGCAGGAGAAGGACACAGACGAGGAGGCCGGGGAGAGCUCGGCGGAGGACGGCAGUGAGAAGGGAUCCGGGGAGUUGUCUUACGGCAGUUGUCCGGUCAUCAUGGUGGAGGAGAAUUUCCCGGAUCGGAGGAGGCGCGACUCCAACCCCGCGGAUGGGGAUCAAGUAUCCACCAUGGAUCGGUAUCUCUCCCGAAAACGGGCCCGGAGUCCACCGACGCCCACCUGCUCGGACGAGGACUCGACCGACAUGAAACUGGCGCGCCUGGCCUCUCUCUUCCCGAACAUGGCUCUCGACGCAUUGAUGGAGAUUCUCCUUUCCAGUGGCGGCUGCGUAGAGACAGCAACCACCACCAUCCAGGCGCAAGCCUCUCUGUACCCUCCCAAGAAGCGAUCGACGGCCGGCGUCACCCCCGCCAUCCAGACCUCCUUGAACGCCCACAUGCGGAUAUCCCACCUGCAAGACCAGAAGCGCUCACUGACCCGCAAAGGCAAGACACUGCAUCUAUACUCCCCGGAGGACAUCGCGGCACACACGCCCUGCACCAUCAUCCACAACUUCCUGCCCGCAGCGCAGGCCAACGCGCUCCUGCUCGAGCUCCUCGACGAAUCGAAGCACUUCUCGCGCUACCGCUUCCAGCUCUUCGACCGCACCGUCCAGAGCCCCCACUCCGCCAGCAUCUACGUCGCCACCCCCGAGCAACACCGCCAGCACACCGCCGAGUACACCUACGGUGGCACCUACCGGGCCACCGUCCGGCAGACCACCCCGCACCUGCGCGCCGUCUCCGGUAAGGUCCAGCAGGCCGUCAACGCUGAGAUCCAGCACCGCAUCCGCACCGUCUACCCGGGCGGCCGGAAGCUGAAGUAUCAAUCCCCGAACGAGUGGAUGCCCAACGCGGCGUUUGUGAAUUGCUACGAUGGGCCCAUGGAGGCGGUCGGAUACCACUCGGAUGAACUGACCUAUCUCGGCCCGCGGGCCGUGAUCGGAAGCCUGAGUCUCGGCGUGGAGCGGGAGUUUCGCGUCCGAAGAAUCGUUCCCACCGACGACAACGACGACGACGCUGCUGCUGCUGCUGCUGCUGCUGAAGACCCGGAGGCGCCGGGAGAUCCUUCCGAAGGACGGAUCUUGGCGCAUACAGCAGCGGAUAAGACUUCCACUCCGACCAAGGUCCCGAUUCCUUCGGAACACAACAACAACUCUCGCAAAUCACCGACUACAUCGUCACCAGCAGCAGCAGCAGCAGCAGCCCGGGCAAACGCUCAGGGGCAAAUCUCUAUUCACCUCCCGCACAACUCGCUGCUGGUCAUGCACGCGGAGAUGCAGGAGGAAUGGAAGCACGCCAUUGUGCCGGCGCAGACCAUCUCGCCGCAUUCACUGGCGGGGAAUCGGCGCAUCAAUGUCACGUAUCGGUGGUACCGCGACUCCUUGCACCCGCGGUACACGCCCCGGUGCCGGUGUGGUGUCCCUACGAUUCUGCGGUGCGUGCAGCGCAGACGCGAGACCCGGGGCCGGUAUAUGUGGAUGUGCUAUGUGGGGUAUGCCCCGGGCAAGAAAGGGUGUAGCUUUUUCCAGUGGGCGGAUUUCGAUGAGGACGGGGAGCCACUCUGGGACAAGACGGCCGUGCCUGAUGAUGCGCCGUGGUUGGAGAACUUCGUAGAAGGACAGGAUCAGCUUGAGGCUGGGCUUGGGGGACAGGUAGGCAAUGAGAAGGAGAAUACCAGUAUCUGA